AUGUACACGUGUGCUGCGAGCUGCUGCAACAGGUCGGUUCGCAGCUGCCGGGGCCGACACGAUCGAGUUCGUCUGCUGCGCGUCUGGCUACCCUCGGGCGGUAUGGUGAGCGAUACAGACGCGUCGCCCGCUCCCCAAGACCAUUGUCGCAUCGCCGAGGAAGGUAGCGGGAUUGCGGGCAUGGCGUGGGCGUUUGUCGAUCCCUACGAGGGUGUCUUCAUAGAUCGUUCGUCGCGGGCUGAAGCUGGUGGAGGAGUUGUUUGGCGACGCGACGACGCGUCAGGGCGUGAGCUUCUGUGGGGGCGCGGGGAAACGUUCCCACAACCUCCAACCUCCAUCCACCUCCAUCCACCUUCAUCCAAUCUUCUAACUACAUACCUUUGUCAUGUACAUGAGACUACGGUCUACUCCCCAUUCAGUCGCCGAGUUGUCAGUCAAGACACGGCCACCGACACGCCCAUGGUCACGGGAAUGCUGAGCCACGACCCGUGGUUAUAG